ACAAGUGCUGGCACACCAUACGAUCACACUGUUGCUAUUGGCUACUCGGCGCUGAAUACUUAAGCGACCAUCUGUUCUAUAUCGAGUUCUCGAAUUCGCUUGGCCUAUCAGUCGUAGCAAUAUCCACAGAGCGAGAAGAGUCUCGUCCAAGGGCCAAUAAAAUGUCUAAGGUUUCAUUUAAAAUUACGCUCACAUCGGAUCCAAAACUACCGUUUAAAGUGCUUAGUGUCCCGACACAGACGCCGUUUACAGCAGUGUUGAAGUUCGCAGCGGAAGAAUUCAAAGUUCCUCCUGCAACAUCAGCGAUUAUCACCGAUGACGGUAUAGGCAUCAACCCCGCGAACACUGCCGGGGACGUAUUUCUCAAACACGGCUCAGAGCUUCGGCUUAUCCCCAGAGACCGAGUGGGCUCGCGGAGAUUGCAAUUUAUUUGAAGAAUAUAAAUUUCAAUUGAAAAAAAUUAUUUUCUUGGUGCUUAAAAUAAACGUUUAGAAG